GCCAAGCUCUGGAGAGCUUCACGAGUGAGGCUCAAGCUCAAACAGCAAAGCGUAUCCAAAAUAAUUCUUAACCACCCCUUCCCGCAUUCACAAUUCGCACCUCCGACACAUCGCCAACCACCUCUGAAAGCCUUCCUUUUUACCAACCCCACAACAGCACCCCUCCUCUCACUCUCAACCUCCCAACCCACAACAAAAUGUCAAUCAACAGCUACAUCUCCAAAAAGGUCUGCAUCAUCACCACCGACGGCAGAACGCUGGUCGGCACCCUCGCCGCGUACGACAACACAACCAACCUCGUCCUCCAAAACACCAUCGAGCGUAUCAUCCGCACCCCCGAUGACGCCGAGCCCUCGGCCCAGGUUCCCCUGGGCCUCUACCUCAUCCGCGGCGAGAACGUCUGCACGAUCGGGCUCGUGGACGAGGCGCUAGACGACAGCAUCAACUGGGCCGAGGUCAAAGGGGCUGUGAUUGGGACUACGAAGCAUUAAGCAACUAAGAGGCAAAGACUGGGGAGGUUAAAGAUUUGAUAAAUACAAAGGAGAAAGAAGAAUGGCACGUUAAGAGCUGGGUUUUGACUGUGAAGGAAAUGAUAAUGGCCAGUUAAAAAGAGGUUUGGGAAGCGGCGGUUCUACUACAGCAUUGGGAGAGGAAGUUUUGAGAAACAGUUAUGGCGUUUAGGAGUCGCACACAUAUAUGUGCAAUGGUUUGCCUCGAUGGAAUUCAAGAGAUACCCCAUGAGUAAAAGAAAAAAGCUGGUGAUCAUAGGAAGGAAUCUACAGAGUUUUAUUUUUCCCCAUAUCAGACAAUUUCUACCUACACCUAGGCAAAGAUUCUGUCCAGCAAAAUACCAGCAAAGGCAUCCUGGCCCGGCGACGCCACUACCCUGUUGAUUCUGUUGCCCCUUCUCAGACUGAGCCACCCCAUCGUGUCACCAGGAACCUCAUCGAACGUGACGGCAUCCAUUGGGUCCUCGGGGUGUGUCUCUACUGUGCUGUCGACCUCGGCCGGCUUGGCUCUCCCACGGUUAUCGAUGACGUGCAUGCCCCUUGUCCACUGGCCGCAGGUCUCGACUCGGAUGUCUUCUGGCUUGGGCACAGUCGUCCACUCGGGAUGGUCGCGCGUCAGCAUGUACCAGAUGGUCAGCGGGUCAUGAAGGGACAGGCCCUCGUUGUGGCCCUCGCCGAGCAUCGAGUCAAUCUUGUUAAAAGUGCCAUUCAAAAAGGUUUCGGUCCACUUGGCAAGGGGACUGCCUUGCUUCAGCAGCGGCUGGAUCUUUUGGUUGAAAGUCUCCUUGUGGAGCUCGUGGGGAGUAGUGAUAUCCAAGGGGAACAAGCUCAGCUUGAGUUGACGGGGCAACUUCUCAGGAUAGGCACCCAAGACUGACUUGCCGUGUAUUGUUGGUGGCAUUGUCGAUGAGGGGACCUUGGACGUGAGAGCGUAAACUCUGGCAGCGGCAACAGCAUCGGCCAUGCAGUUGAACUCGGCCACAGGAGUCACGUUUCCAAUGGUGUUGACAGCACCUCCCAUCACAACAAGCUCCUUGACGCGGAGGAAGGUCUCAGGGUCCUUAGCGGCUGCGAGGGCAACGUUGGUGAGUGGCCCAACGGCAACGACUGUGAUGGUGUCCUCUGGCUCUUCCCUCAAGAUGCGGAGGAUCUCCUCGUGGGCAGGACCCUUGCUAGGAGUGAAGAAACGGGAGAAUGAUGGUGGCU